UUUCGCUGUAAGCUGUCAGAUGGGACUGGAUGAGCCAACCCGUCCGCAACCAUCACUUGACAUCAAUAACAACUCGUAAACAACGUGCAACGUGCUGCCAAUUGCUGUUCCACCACUUCGUAGUACCUUAAACAGUUUAAUUUUUCGUUAUUUAGCUGUACCAUUCUUCCACACUCACCAUGAAACGACUAUCAGAACAGCAAACAAAAGUUUUGUUUGAAAAGUUAUCAAAAUACAUCGGAACGAACGUAAAGCUGCUGAUAGACCGGUCCGAUGGUACCUACUGCUUUCGGGAGAUGAAAUCCCGCGUCUACUACAUGUCGGAGAAGAUCCUAAAGCUCGCGGAAACGGUACCGAAAGAACACAUGGUAUCGGUUGGGACGUGCUUUGGCAAGUUCACCAAGGGCAACAAGUUCAUACUGCACAUAACGGCGCUCACCUACCUGGCCCCGUACGCACAGUACAAGAUCUGGCUGAAGCCGGCCGCCGAGCAGCAGUUCCUGUACGGCAACAAUGUGGCCAAGUCGGGCAUGGGCCGCAUCACGGAAAACACCCCCGUGUACCAGGGCGUGAUUGUCAUGUCGAUGAGCGACGUGCCGCUCGGGUUCGGUGUGGCGGCCAAAUCUACCAACGACUGCAAGCUGGCCGAUCCGCUCGUGACGGUGUGCUUCCAUCAAGCGGACAUAGGCGAAUACAUUCGAUCGGAGGAAAAUCUAAUUUAGGUGGGAAAAUAAAAGAAAAA